AUGGACGAAGAGGAAGAUGGAGCCAAUGCCGAAGAGUUCGGGCAGCCCAAGACCUUGGUGCGGCUCAACGACCUGUCAGGAUCUGGUGGCCUGUCGGGACCCGGGCCGGGGCCGGGGCCGGGGCUGGGGCCAGGGGACAAAGACCCAGGCAGUACCGACUCGGAGCCGGAGCCGGAGGGACUGCCCUAUCCUGCGCUCGCCCCAGUGGUUUUCUUCUACCUGAGCCAGGAGAGUCGCCCCAGGAGCUGGUGCCUCCGUCUGGUCUGUAACCCCUGGUUCGAACGGGUCAGCAUGCUGGUUAUCCUGCUGAACUGUGUGACGCUGGGCAUGUUUCAGCCAUGUGAGGACAUCGCCUGUGACUCCCAGCGCUGCAGGAUCUUGCAGGCCUUUGAUGACUUCAUCUUCGCCUUCUUCGCUGUGGAGAUGGUGGUGAAGAUGGUUGCCUUGGGCAUCUUCGGGAAGAAGUGUUACUUGGGAGAUACCUGGAACCGCUUGGACUUUUUCAUCGUCAUUGCAGGGAUGCUCGAAUACUCCCUGGACCUCCAGAAUGUCAGUUUUUCUGCUGUUCGGACUGUCAGAGUAUUAAGGCCUCUUCGAGCAAUUAACCGAGUCCCCAGUAUGCGAAUCCUGGUUACUUUGCUGCUAGACACCUUGCCCAUGUUGGGCAAUGUCCUCCUUCUCUGUUUCUUCGUCUUCUUCAUCUUUGGCAUUGUGGGAGUUCAGCUCUGGGCUGGGCUCCUUCGAAACCGAUGCUUCCUUCCAGAGAAUUUCAGCAUCCCUCUGAGUGUGGACCUAGAACGCUACUAUCAGACCGAGAAUGAGGACGAGAGCCCUUUCAUCUGCUCCCAGCCCCGGGAGAAUGGGAUGCGCUCCUGUCGAAGUGUCCCCACGCUUCGAGGAGAAGGGGGCGGUGGUCCCCCCUGUGGCCUCGACUAUGACGCCUACAAUAGCUCUAGUAAUACCACCUGUGUCAACUGGAACCAAUAUUACACCAACUGCUCUGCUGGUGAGCACAACCCCUUCAAGGGAGCCAUCAACUUCGACAAUAUCGGCUAUGCCUGGAUCGCCAUCUUCCAGGUCAUCACGCUCGAGGGCUGGGUAGACAUCAUGUACUUUGUGAUGGAUGCUCAUUCCUUCUACAACUUCAUCUACUUCAUUCUUCUCAUCAUUGUGGGCUCCUUCUUCAUGAUCAACCUGUGCCUGGUGGUGAUUGCCACACAGUUCUCAGAAACUAAGCAGAGAGAGAGCCAGCUAAUGAAGGAACAGCGGGUUCGAUUUCUGUCCAAUGCCAGCACCUUGGCCAGCUUCUCUGAACCGGGCAGCUGCUAUGAGGAGCUGCUUAAAUACCUGGUGUACAUCCUCCGGAAGGCUGCCCGGAGACUAGCCCAGGCCUCCAGGGUGGUAGGGGCACGAGCUGGCCUUAUAACCAGUCCUGGUGGCCGAGGAGGUUCUGAGACCCAGCCCACUGGGAGUGGGAGCUGCCCCCGUUCCCACCGCCGUCGCCCAUCCAUCCAUCAUCUAGUUCACCACCAUCAUCAUCAUCAUCACCAUUACCACUUGGGCAAUGGGACCCUGAGAGCUCCACAUGCCAAUCCAGAGAUCGGUGAUGGCGAUGCCAAUGAGACACGCCGGCUUAUGCUGCCUCCACCUCCCACCAGUGUCCACCCUGGGGGUUCUUCCGGGGGUUCUGAAUCUGUACAUAGCUUCUACCAUGCUGACUGCCACCUAGAGCCCCUGCGCUGCCAAGCAUCCCCUCCCAGGUCCUCUCCAGAGGGUCCCAGUAGAAAUUCGGGUGGAGGAAAAGUAUAUCCCACCAUGCACUCCAGAUCCCCACCCAAGGUGCUAAAGGAAAAGGCACUGGUAGAAGCAGCUCCUGCCCCUGGGCCCCCUACUCUCACUAACCUCAACAUCCCACCUGGACCUUAUAAUUCCAUGCACAAGCUACUGGAGACACAAAGCACAGGUUCCUGUCAAGGCUCCUGCAGGAUUUCCAGCCCCUGUGGGAAGGCAGAUAGCGGGGCCUCUGGCCCAGAUAACUGUCCGUACUGUACUCCAACACAGGCGGGAGAAGCUGAGCUGAUGGACGCAGAGCUGCCUGACUCAGAUAGUGAGGGCAUCUAUGAGUUCACACAGGAUACCCAGCAUGGUGACCACCGGGACCCCCAUUGGGGGGCAAGCCAGGGCCAGGACCAAGAGCCCAGUCCCUUGAUGGCCUUCUGGACACUGGUCUGUGAAACUUUUCGGAAGAUUGUGGACAGUAAAUACUUUGGCCGUGGGAUCAUGAUAGCUAUUCUCAUCAAUACCCUCAGCAUGGGCAUCGAGUACCAUGAACAGCCGGAGGAACUCACCAAUGCCCUGGAGAUCAGCAACAUUGUCUUCACCAGCCUCUUUGCCUUGGAGAUGCUGCUGAAACUGCUCGUGUAUGGCCCUUUCGGUUACAUAAAGAACCCCUACAACAUUUUCGAUGGAGUCAUUGUGGUCAUUAGUGUGUGGGAGAUUGUGGGCCAGCAAGGCGGAGGUCUAUCUGUACUUCGGACCUUCCGGCUAAUGAGGGUGCUGAAGCUGGUUCGCUUCCUGCCUGCCCUGCAGCGACAGUUGGUGGUCCUCAUGAAGACCAUGGACAACGUGGCUACUUUCUGCAUGCUACUGAUGCUCUUCAUCUUUAUUUUCAGCAUCCUGGGCAUGCAUCUCUUUGGCUGCAAGUUUGCAUCUGAGCGAGAUGGGGACACCCUGCCUGAUCGGAAGAACUUUGACUCCUUGCUUUGGGCCAUUGUCACUGUCUUUCAGAUACUGACUCAAGAGGACUGGAACAAGGUCCUCUAUAACGGCAUGGCAUCUACGUCCUCGUGGGCAGCUCUUUACUUCAUUGCCCUGAUGACUUUCGGCAACUAUGUCCUCUUCAAUCUACUCGUGGCCAUCCUAGUGGAGGGCUUCCAGACAGAGGAGAUCAGCAAACGGGAAGAUGCGGGUGGACAGUUAAGCUGUAUUCAGCUGCCUGUCGACUCCUUAGGGGGAGACGCCACCAAGUCUGAGUCGGAGACAGAUUUCUUCUCACCAAGCCUGGAUGGGAAGGGGGACAGGAAGAAGCACUUAGCCUUGAUGUCCCUAGGAGAGCACCCAGAGCUGAGAAGAAGCCUUCUCCCCCCUCUCAUCAUCCAUACCGCUGCCACACCCAUGCCCUUGCCCAAGAGCGUUGGGUUGGGGGAGGCUUCGGGUCCUGCUUCUCGACGUCCCAGUGGCAGUGGCGGCAAUGACCCCAAUGGGGCCCAUGAGAUGAAGUCACCGCCCAGUGUCCGAAGCUCUCCCCACAGCCCCUGGAGUGCGGCAAGCAGCUGGAACAGCCGGCGGUCCAGCUGGAACAGUCUUGGCCGGGCGCCCAGCCUGAAGCGACGGAGUCCAAGUGGGGAGCGUCGGUCCCUACUGUCUGGAGAAGGACGGGAGAGCAUGGAGGAGGAUGAAACCUCCGAUGAGGACCAGGCCAGCCGGGUGGGGAGUGACCCGAGGGCAGGUUCUCUGGACAGAGAGGCCAAGGGUUCUUUUGACCUCCAGGACAAACUCCAAGUCCCUGGGGUAUAUCGCACAGCCAGUGGCCAGAGCUCAGCCUCAGAGCACCAAGAUUGUAAUGGCAAGACGGCUUCAGGUCAUCCUGACCGGAACCUGCAGCUGGAUGAGGCCCAGCUAGAAGGGGAGGAUGCCGAUGAUGAGGGCAAUAUGAGCAAAGGGGAACGAAUAAGAGCAUGGAUCCGAUCUUGGCUCCCCACUUGCUGCAGGGAGAGAGAUACCUGGUCUGCCUACAUCUUCCCUCCUCAGUCCAAGUUCCGACUGAUGUGCCAUAAAAUCAUCACCCACAAGAUGUUUGACCAUGUUGUCCUGGUCAUCAUCUUUCUCAACUGCAUCACCAUUGCCAUGGAGCGUCCCAAAAUUGACCCCCAGAGUGCUGAGCGAAUCUUCCUGACGCUUUCCAACUACAUUUUCACUGCAAUCUUUCUGGCUGAGAUGACAGUGAAGGUAGUAGCCCUAGGCUGGUGCUUUGGGGAGAAGGCUUACCUUCGGAGCAGCUGGAAUGUACUGGACGGGCUUCUUGUGCUCAUCUCUGUCAUUGACAUCCUGGUUUCCAUGGUCUCAGACAGUGGUACCAAGAUUCUGGGGAUGCUUAGGGUGCUUCGGCUCCUCCGAACACUCCGACCACUCAGAGUCAUCAGCAGGGCCCAGGGGCUAAAACUGGUGGUGGAGACCCUGAUGUCAUCCCUGAAACCCAUUGGAAACAUUGUGGUCAUUUGCUGUGCCUUCUUCAUCAUCUUUGGCAUCUUGGGAGUUCAGCUCUUCAAAGGGAAGUUUUUCAUCUGCCAGGGUGAGGACACAAGAAAUAUCACCAAUAAGUCAGACUGUACUGAGGCCAGUUAUCGGUGGGUCAGGCACAAAUACAACUUUGACAACCUGGGCCAGGCCCUCAUGUCCUUGUUUGUGUUGGCCUCGAAGGACGGAUGGGUGGACAUCAUGUAUGAUGGGCUAGAUGCUGUUGGUGUUGACCAGCAGCCCAUCAUGAACCACAACCCCUGGAUGUUGCUCUACUUCAUCUCCUUCCUGCUCAUCGUGGCCUUCUUUGUGCUCAACAUGUUUGUGGGUGUGGUGGUAGAGAACUUCCACAAGUGUCGGCAACACCAGGAAGAGGAGGAGGCCCGGCGCCGGGAAGAGAAGCGGCUACGGCGGAUGGAGAAAAAGAGAAGGAAUCUAAUGCUGGAUGAUGUAAUAACCCCCGGCAGCUCCGCCAGCCCAGCACCAGAAGCACAGUGCAAACCCUACUACUCGGACUACUCGAGGUUCCGUCUCCUCGUCCACCAUAUGUGUACCAGCCACUACUUGGAUCUCUUCAUCACGGGUGUCAUUGGCCUCAACGUAGUUACCAUGGCCAUGGAACAUUAUCAGCAGCCUCAGAUCCUGGAUGAGGCCCUGAAGAUCUGCAAUUACAUCUUCACGGUUAUCUUUGUCUUGGAGUCUGUGUUCAAGCUUGUGGCCUUCGGUUUCCGACGAUUCUUCCAGGACAGGUGGAACCAGCUAGAUCUGGCCAUCGUCCUACUCUCCAUCAUGGGGAUCACUCUGGAGGAAAUCGAGGUCAACGCGUCACUGCCCAUCAAUCCCACCAUCAUCCGCAUUAUGAGGGUGCUCCGGAUCGCCCGUGUGCUGAAGCUGCUGAAGAUGGCAGUAGGCAUGCGGGCUCUGCUGGACACAGUGAUGCAGGCCCUGCCCCAGGUGGGGAAUCUGGGACUCCUCUUCAUGUUAUUGUUCUUCAUCUUUGCAGCUCUGGGUGUGGAGCUCUUUGGAGACCUGGAAUGUGACGAAACCCACCCCUGUGAGGGCCUGGGCCGCCAUGCCACCUUCAGGAAUUUUGGUAUGGCCUUCUUGACCCUUUUCCGUGUCUCUACUGGUGACAACUGGAAUGGCAUCAUGAAGGACACCCUUCGAGACUGUGACCAGGAGUCUACCUGCUACAACACCGUCAUCUCUCCCAUCUACUUCGUGUCCUUUGUACUAACUGCCCAGUUUGUGCUGGUGAAUGUGGUCAUCGCCGUCCUGAUGAAGCACUUGGAGGAGAGCAACAAGGAGGCAAAGGAAGAGGCGGAACUGGAGGCAGAGCUGGAAAUGGAGAUGAAGACCCUGGCCCCAUCUCAGCCUUCCAUCCAGGGAGAUCCCUUCUCCUGGCCCCGGGGAGAUGGAGGGCCCGACAGCCAGCCUGGCAGCCCAAAGCUCAGGGCCUCUCAGGCCUUGCACGUCAAAGUGGCUUCCCAGCUCUCCUUGGCCCACCCCACGGACAAACAGCUGUUUGACACCAUCUCCCUGCUGAUCCAGGGGUCUCUGGAGGGGGAAUUGAAAUUGAUGGAUGAGCUGUCCAGCUCUUUGGGCCGGCCCUACACCUGCCCUCCCGCCCCUGGCCAGGGCGACUCCGAACCUCAGAUCCCUCUAGCUGAGAUGGAGGCUCUGUCUCUGACGUCAGAUAUUCUGUCUGAACAGUCCUGCUCCUUAGCUCUGACGGAUGAUUCUUUGCCUGACGACACUCACACACUUUUACUUAAUGCCCUGGAAAGAAAUACUGUGACCCUUCCCCACCCUGAAGGGGCUCUGGGUCCUGGACUCUCUGCCCUCCAACCGAGUCUGCUAACUGUCCGGAAGUCAGGGGUCAGCAGGACCCACUCCCUGCCCAAUGACAGCUACAUGUUCCGAGAGGGGGGCUCCCCAGGGCAAAGGAUCUGGAUGUUCCCCAAAUCUCAAUCAGGCUCAACUACUUCCGUCCACUCCCAGCCAGUAGAUGCCCGAGCCCUCCUACAACUUCCCAAAGAUGGGUCCCACCAGCUCCAGCCUCAUGACCUCUCUAACUGGGGCAUGAUCCCCAAACUUCCACCGCCAGGGUGCUCCCCUUCUGUACAGAGGCAGCUUCGGCGACAGGCAGCAAUAAGGACUGACUCUCUGGAUAUGCAGGGUUUGGGCAGCAGGGAGGAUGUUGUGACUGAGGUGAGUGUGCCCCCUAACAUGCCUCCCCAAGACACUCCGGGCUGGGGCCGUUCCAGCAUCAGGGUCCAGCAACGUCCUAGGAACCAGUGCAAGAAAUCCAAGCCCAUGCCAGCAGCCCCCUGCCCAGGCAGAGACCUCCCCCAGGACAGAGGCCACCCAGGCCUCGAGGCACCAGAGACCAUCAGCUUCCUGGAGCUGCAUGCUCAGCCAAGCUGGGGCUCAGGCUCCAGGACCCAGCAUCCCCCGACUCCAAAGGGGGGAGAACAUCUGAGGGACCUGAAGAAAUGUUACAGUGCGGAGACCCAGGGCCGCCCUCACCGGCCAGCCUUGUGGCCCGAUGAACAGAGGAGACACUCCAUCGCGGUCAGCUCCCUGGACAGCUGUUCCCAAGCUUGCCCGGCCCCCAGUGCCUUGAGCCUUGGGGACCAGGAGUUGAACAGGCCAGGGAUAGAGCCCAAAAGCUGGCCCAAGAAAAAACUGAGCCCUCCUUGCAUCUCCAUAGAACCACCUGAGAGCCAGGGUCCCCGGCCCUUGCCCAACCCAGGCGUCUGCCUCCGGCGCAGGGCUCCGUCCAGUGACUCCAAGGACCCUUUGGCCCCUGACAGCAUGGCCAUCUCCUCGCCCUCCCCAAAGAAAGACUUGCUGAUGCUCUCUAGUUUCUCCUCUGAUCAGUUAGAUCUGGAACCCUGA